CAUGACACGUUUGAAACGCGGGCCGUGUAGCAAAAACAUCCAAGUUCCGAUUUUAAUCUGUGGUCGAGCGUCAAUCGGUAUUCGAUUUUGGCCUACAGUACAGUCGAUUGCAAAGCAGCACUGUGCUACAAUCACUUUUGCUCGGCUGGAUUUCCUGAUAGUUUGGUUGGAUACACCCUCAGGCUCGAACGGUGCGACAUUAUUAGCGAGGUGCAGCCCUGGCCCGGGACGACUAAUACUUAUUGCAAUUAUUAUAUUUGUUCACAUUUAAACGGACAUGCCCGAAACGCAACACUAGUACUCCUCCGUCCUUUGCUGUCAUGUCGUCGGGCUGGUUUACAGACGCAUGCAUUGGCGCUUUGAUCUGCGCCACUCUUAUUGUUGCGAUCCGUUGUUGGAUGGAAAAGAGAAACAUGCUUCCGCUACCGCCGGGGCCGCGACCUUUUCCAAUCAUUGGCAAUGUCCGUGGGAUUGAUAUUAGUGCACCGUGGCUAACUUACACGGAAUGGGGUAAACGAUAUGGAGAUAUUGUAUAUUCGCACUUUUUCGACCAAGAGUUUAUCGUCAUUAACUCCGAGAAAGUGGCGAUCGAGCUUUUAGAAAAGCGGUCAUACAACUACUCUGACAGGCCGAACCUUCCAACAACCCCUCUUUUCGGGUUGGAUUUCAGCACCGUACUUAUGGCAUACGGAGUCCGUUGGCGUCGCCAAAGAAGGAUAUUCCAUCAAGCUUUCAGGGAGAAAGCAGCCCUAACCUACCGUCCGAUGCAGCAGCGGAAGGCCCAACAGUUUAUCAGUGGCAUUCUUGAUACCCCAGAGGAGUUUCUAAACCAUGUUCACGUAUAUGCAUCUUCUAUAAUAAUGUCAGCUAUAUAUGACCAUGAGACGGAGCUGCACAACGACCCAUUGGUUGAGGCCGUUGGGAAGACACUCAAGUUGGCUUUGGAGGAACUUAGACCUGAAGUGGCUGUUUUUAUCAAGACAUUUCGAAUUCUUCUUCGACUACCAUCAUGGAUCCCUGGUAUGUCGAUCAAGAAGAAGGGUGCGCGGUCACAAGAGUUAAUCCGAGGCUGGAUGAACGAUCCUUUCCAGCGUGUGCUCACAACAAUGGCUGACGGGACGGCGCGGCCGUCCGUGGUUUCGAAUGCCCUCAGACGGAUUGAUGGAAAAGACCCAUCCGGGGAGAUAACACAAGCUAUCAAAGAAACCGCAGCCGCAGCGUUUGGAGCUGCUUCCGAAACGACGGCCUCGGUACUGCAAGUAUUCAUCCUUGCCAUGGUGCUCUUCCCGGAGGUACAAAUAAAAGCUCAUGUUCUGAUUGAUGCCGUCAUUGGCGGGUCGAGGCUGCCGACUUUCGAAGAUAGGUCGUCCCUUCAAUACAUCGAUGCUAUCCUCCGGGAAACUCUUCGCUGGCGUCCUAUAUUGCCCCUAUCAAUGCCGCAUGCUUCGGUGAAUAGUGAUGUCUGCGAGGGAUAUUAUAUACCCAAAGGUGCCACCGUUAUGCCGAAUGUAUGGGCAAUGACACAAAAUGAACACAAAUACCCAAAUCCUUCGCAGUUCUUGCCCGAGCGCUUCCUGAACGCUGAUGGCAGCCUCAACGAGGACACGGUUGAUGUAACCUUUGGGUUUGGGAGAAGGAGUUGCGUUGGUCGACAUUUUGCGGACGCCUCUUUAUGGAUAGCAAUGUCUGGCCUACUUGCUAGGUUUAUGUUUUCAAAACAAUCCGAUUCAAACGGGAAAGUGGUCGAUUUCGAACCUCAAUGGUCCACUGGUGUCGCAAUUCACCCACUUCCCUUUCCGUUUACCAUUUCUCCGAGGCUCUCCAAGUAAUUACGUGUGGCUUUGGUUUUAACUGCUUCUCGGGUACUUACCGCCUUUGUUGCAAA